UCCUGUGAUGGAACAGGAGGAUAUGACGUCACAAAAGUGCUGCACUAUAAACGACCACGUUCAGGUAAGGCUGCUUAGUUAUUGACAGCUGGACCUCACGAGAGAAAGAGAGAGAAGAGGAGAAAGUUUUCUUAGAGACGCAGUACUUUAAGAGGAAAAUGACAGGUCUGGUAUUUGGGUCUAUGCUUCUGUUGGCGGUGUCAGCGGCUACGAUAGAACGAUCGAAGGAUUGUCCAAAUUUCUGUCCAUUACGUUACGACCCAAUGUGCGGCAGUGAUGGCACAACCUACUCAAAUAGGUGCUUCCUCAACAUAGCCAACUGUCGGGAUGAGUCUGUUCAGCUCGCUGGUGAAGGACCAUGCCCUCCCAAAAUUGAGUGCCCCGUGAAGUGCAACCGCCACUUGGAGCCAGUGUGUGGCACAGACGGCAACACUUACAGCAACGACUGUGUGCUUCUCAUGACCACAUGCAAGAAUCCAGCCAUUCAACUGGACUACGCAGGACCAUGUGUCGAAUGCCCAACCGGAUGCCCGAAGCACUAUAAGCCCGUGUGCGGUACUAAUGGAGUAACGUAUCCCAACCGCUGCCUACUGAAUGUGGCCAAGUGCAAGGAUCCUUCCAUCGAACUGGAGACCUACGGGCGGUGUUCCCACUCGAGGGUGUUCAAAAAUGUUUGAGGUACUCUGGAUGGAAGGUGUCGGACGACCUGACCGGCAGUCCUAAUCGCAUCGCUGUCGGCCGAUCACUGCUUCCUAUGAUUUUAUUUAUUAGACUAUGAUUUUAUUUAUUAGAUUCCUCCACACUUCUUUACCUCAUGUCAGUGGAUCGGCUGAUAGUCAAAGUCAGGGAUGGGGGAAAGAUGGGUUAUUCUUAAGCCUUUUCUUUAUAAGUUAUUGUGAAAGUUGUUGGUCGUGUUAUGUAACUUAUGUUGUCUCCGGAUGUGUUCUGAGAAUGGACAAAUCCUACUAAAUAUAUUUAUGAUGAUGAAAUGAUUA